AUGUCACGAUAUCUAUUUAAAUAUCUGUAUAAAUGUUCAAAUGCACAAAGCGAAAGUUAUGUUUCUAUCUAUCUAUCUAUCUAUCUAUCUAUCUAUCUAUCUAUAAAAUUCCUAAAAGAAUUUGAAAAUGGAGAGCAGGAAUCGCUUGGAAUUGUUUUAAUGCUAAUAUUCCCUCUUCUUUGCUUGCAGAUCACAAAUAUGAAACGAACCGAUAGUACUUUCAACAAAAGAAGUGACGUAAUUGGAGAUGAUCUCUCUCUCUCUCUCUCUCUCUCUCUCUCUCUCACUGUCUCACUCCCUCUGUGUGUGUGUGUGUCUCUCUCUCUCUGUCUCCCUGUCUCUCUCCCUCUCUCUGUCUGCCUGUCUCUCUCCCUCUCUCUGUCUGCCUGUCUCUCUCCCUCUCUAUGUCUCUCUCCCUCUCUCUGUCUGCCUGUGUCUCUCCUUAUCUCUGUCUCUCUCCCUCUCUCUGUCUGCCUGUCUCUCAACUUAACUCUGUCUCUCUCCCUCUCUCUGUCUGUCUGUCUCACUCUCUCUGUCUGCCUGUCUCUCUCUCCCUCUCUAUGUCUCUCUCCCUCUCUCUCUCUCACUCUGUCUCUCUCUGCUUGUCUCUCUCCCUUUCUCUGUCUGCCUGUCUCUCUCCCUCUCUCUGUCUCUCUCCCUCUCUCUCUCUGUCUCUCUCUGCUUGUCUCUCUCCCUCUCUCUGUCUGCCUGUCUCUCUCCCUCUCUCUGUCUGUCUGUCUCUCCCUCACUCUAUCUGCCUGUCUCUCUCCCCUCCCUCUGUCUGCCUGUCUAUCUCCCUCUCUGUCUCUCUCCCUCACUCUAUCUGCCUGUCUCUCUCUCCCUCUCUCUGUCUGCCUGUCUCUCUCUCCUUCUCAUUAUCUGUCUGUCUCUCUCUCUGUCUGCUUGUCUCUCUCCCUCUCUCUGUCUGCCUGUCUCUUUCUCCCUCUCUCUGUCUGCCUGUCUCUCUCCCUCUCAAUGAAUUGUUCCAUUGACUCAAUGGUUCAGAGAAGGAUAGAAAAAAAAAUCAUAUUUCAAUGUUUCCCUUGUGUAAGUUCAUUGUUGUUCUGCCUUUUUUUAAUCCUCCCAUUUGUCCUUGAGUCAAUUUUUUUUAUUUUCUUUGACCGGUUGCCCAUUACUUUCUCUCUCUCUCUCUCUCUCUCUCUCUCUCUCUCUCUCUAUCUAUCUAUCUCGAGAGCCUUCCUACUUCUUUCGUCUUUCACGGAUGGCCUUGAGCUCAGCUGCUCGCUAUCUACGAAAAGCGCCGCUGCGCGGACUGAAAAGUUGGCUUCAGCGUCAUCAACCAUGUCCGCACGCCGCGCCAGCCUUUCAGUUGAAGAACGUUCACUUAAGAAUUCACAGGACGCAGUCCGCGUGGCUAGGUUGAGGGCUUCACAGUCCCCAGCACAGAAUACCACCGCCAAAGCUUGUUCCAGGGGUUUAGAAAGGCCCGAACAAACAACUUCACGUCGUCUUAGGAAUACUAGGGCUACAGCCGCCUCUAGAGCUUCGGAACAACCCCAAGAAACCGCUCAUCGUCGCUUUAGAAAUGCCCUAUCCACCGCAUCUGCCAGAACCUUAGAAAGCCCUGCACAGACCUCUGUUCAUCGCGUUAGAAAUGUCCGCUCUACUGCAUCUGAUAGAGUCCUAGAAAGCCCUGCACAAACCAUUGUUCAUCGCGUUAGAAAUGCCCGCUCUACUGCCGUUGUCAUCGGUGCAGACAGACGGCCUCACGGUGAGCAUGAGCGUUGCUUCAAUGCUCCUGCAUGUAAUGAAGUCGCUGCAGUCAUCCACGGUGAGGAGCAUAACAGCCGUGACAUUGUCAUAAGUUACCGGGGCGGUGGUCUGCACCGCAUCAGUGAAACCCACCGUUCAUACGACUGUCUCCAGUACCCCCUUCUUUUUCCAUACGGAAGCGAUGGGUACCACUUCAAAAUCCCAAUAUACCAGGCAAACAGUGAUUCCAUGUCGACCUCAAAGACGGUCUACUGUAGGGCUUACUACGCCUACAUUCGUAUCAUAUUUCUGCUAACAAUCCUGCGUAAUUCGUUCAUGAUUGGCUUCGGGGCUUCUCAGGAUCCAGGUCGUCAUCUGCUGCCCAUGUCUAUGCAUUUGGUUUGA